AUGAGCGCGUUAUCUUCCAAGAGACGAUACCCCUCCGCCAAAGCGGUCCUCUCCACGGUGGCGACGGCCAUGAUGCUCCGGUCCUACGCCAGAGAGCUCAUUCCCUACAAGUUGAGAAUCUACCUCAGCACCAAACUCUGUCACUUCCUCGCCGCCUUCUCCAACGAGACGACUCUCAUCAUCGAAGAAUUCGACGGCCUUAACAAAAACCAGCUGUUCCACGCGGCGGAGCUCUACGCCGGGAGCAUCUCCAGCCCCUCCACCAGAAGAUACUGCGCCUACCUCCCCGAAAAGGAGAAGAUAAUCCGCGUCUCGUUGGGCGAGAACGAAGAAAUCACCGACGAGUUCCAUAAAAUUCAUGUGAAAUGGAGAUUCCUCACCGAUAAAAAUCCACGGCGGGGCGUCCCGGGGGAUUACGGCGGCGGCUCCUCCUCCUCUUCCGUCAGAUGCUUGGAGCUCACCUUCCACAAAAAGAAUAAAAACAAGGUGAUCGACGAGUAUCUGCCGUACGUUCUAAAAAGAUCGGAAGCUCUCAAAGAGGAUAGAAAAACCCUAAAAUUGAACACUCUUAAAAGCGAGAGAGGAUGGAGCCGUGACAAUGUCCAUCCAUGGCAGUCGGUGAAUCUCGACCAUCCCGCCAAAUUCGAGACGCUGGCCAUGGAUGAUGAGAUGAAGAAGAUGAUCGUCGACGAUCUCGACACCUUCUUGAAAAGGAAGGAGAUGUAUAAGAGAGUUGGGAAGGCGUGGAAGAGAGGCUACUUGCUGUAUGGGCCGCCAGGAACCGGGAAAUCGAGCUUGAUUGCCGCUAUGGCCAAUCAACUCAAUUUUGAUGUUUAUGAUUUGGAACUGACUGCUGUUAGGUGCAAUUCUGAUCUGAGGAAUUUGCUGAUUUCCACUUCCAAUAGAUCGAUCCUUGUGGUGGAAGACAUUGAUGCAUCCAUUGAUCUGACCAGGAGGAAAAGCAUGAGAGAUUCAAUGCCUCAUUACUACCAGUCGGAAGUCCCUAGGGUUACAUUGUCUGGAUUUCUGAACUUCAUAGACGGGCUGUGGUCGAGCGUUGGGGACGAACGGAUCAUCAUCUUCACGACGAACCACAAGGAGAAGCUGGACCCUGCUCUGCUGAGGCCGGGGCGUAUGGAUGUGCACGUGCACAUGUCGUAUUGCACGCCCUGCGGCCUCAGGUUGCUGGCCAGAAACUAUCUCGGGAUCACAGAGCACGAGCUCGUGGUGGAGGCGGAGGGACUGGUGGCAUCAAGCAAGGUGACUCCUGCAGAGGUGGCGGAGCAGCUGCUGAAGAGCGAGGAUCCGGAAGCUGCUCUGCGCGGCCUCAUUAGGUUUCUUGAGGUGGAGAAGGAGAGAAGAGAGGUUUUUGCUAAUGAAGAGUGUGAUGGGAUUAAGGAAUUGGUGAAGAAAGUUAAAGCAUUGGGUGCUGCUGAUGCUGAUGCCUUUAAGAUGUUGAUUGGAUGCCUUGAAGAUGGACAUAUCAACGGUUGUGAUUCGAGUUUGGAAUCUGCUGGAUGCCUUGAAGAUGGACAUAUCAACGGUUGUGAUUCGAGUUUGGAAUCUGCUGGGGUUGAGAAAGAGUAGUGAAGCUGAUGUCUAACUUGAACAAGCUAUGAAUAUGAAGAAGUUUGAUUUUGGUACAAGCUUUUUGCAUUAGUUUCAGCUGCAAAAAGUUGUUGAUUCUAGCUUGCUAUGAUUAUAAGCAUUAAGCUGAUUGUAUAUUCUAAUCCAUGGCCACUUUUUGUCUAACUUUAAGAAGCAAUGAAUAUGGAAAAACUUGAUUUUUGUACAAGCUUUUUUGCAUGAAUUAGUGCUGCAAAGAGUUGUUGAUUCUAGCUUGCUAUAUAUGAUAAGCAUUAUUUAAUCUGAUUCCAUAUAUAUUCUGAUC